CUAGAGCUUCGACCUGUCUCGAGCGGGAAGAAGAGAUAGAUAUUUGCUUUUUACUAUGAAAAGAACUGUAUAGUUAACUAUUUUUAAUUAGAGAUACGCAUAUUAUCAAAGUAAACCUAGAUUUAGUGAGACAAUUAUGCACAUGGAACACAAAUGCCCGCUAUAACCGCUUGUACCGGAUACAAUGCAUUUUCAGUGGAACUAAGAGAUAUGGGAUUGAAUGAAAUCCUUCUCGGUGAAUGAAGAAAUAUCAAAUACUCGAGACAGAGAAGAAGUACGGACAUGGCUGACAGGACCGCUCCGAAUUGUCACCUGCGACUAGAAUGGGUUUACGGGUAUCGGGGACAUCAGUGCCGCAACAACCUGUACUACACAGCUGCCAAGGAAAUUGUCUACUUCGUCGCCGGUGUGGGAGUAGUGUAUAACACACGGGAACACAAGCAAAAAUUUUACUUGGGCCACAACGAUGACAUAAUCAGUUUAGCUCUGCAUCCGGAGCGUGUGCUGGUAGCCACGGGACAGGUGGGCAAGGAGCCUUACAUCUGUGUGUGGGAUUCUUACACCGUACAGACCGUGUCCAUCCUCAAGGACACACACACACACGGCAUCGCCUGCCUGGCCUUCGACCUCGAUGGACAGUGUUUGGUCUCAGUGGGUCUGGACUCCAAAAACACAAUCUGUGUGUGGGACUGGAGGAGGGGCAAGGUGCUAGCAGCAGCUCCUGGCCACACUGACAGGAUAUUUGACAUAUCGUGGGACUUGUACCAGCCAAGCAAGCUUGUUAGCUGUGGUGUCAAACAUAUCAAGUUUUGGAGCUUAUGCGGCAACGCCCUGACCCCUAAGCGAGGAGUUUUUGGCAAAACGGGAGAUCUCCAAACCAUCCUCUGUCUGGCCUGUGCCAGAGACGAGGUCACAUAUUCAGGUGCCUUGAACGGGGACAUCUACGUCUGGAAAGGCAUCAACCUGAUCCGGACAGUUCAAGGAGCCCACGGGUCAGGGAUUUUCAGUAUGAAUGCCUGUGAGGAGGGCUUUGCCACCGGGGGCCGGGACGGCUGUGUCCGGCUAUGGGAUCUCAACUUCAAACCAAUUACUGUCAUCGAUCUCAGGGAAACAGACCAGGGAUAUAAAGGGUUGUCAGUGCGCAGCGUGUGUUGGCGGGGGGAUCAUAUCUUAGUGGGCACCCAGGACAGUGAGAUAUUUGAGGUGGUGGUCCACGAUCGCACCAAGCCCUUCCUCAUCAUGCAGGGUCACUGUGAGGGAGAGCUGUGGGCGCUGGCUGUGCACCCCACCAAGCCCCUGGCCAUGACCGGCAGUGAUGAUCGCUCUGUCAGAAUAUGGAGCCUUAUAGAUCAUGCGCUGAUAGCUCGCUGUAAUAUGGAGGAGCCUAUUCGCUGUGCAGCUGUGAGCACAGACGGCAUUCACCUGGCGCUGGGCAUGAAGGACGGCUCCUUUACUGUCCUACGGGUCAGAGACAUGACAGAGGUGGUCCACAUCAAGGACAGGAAGGAGGCCAUCCAUGAGCUGAAGUACUCUCCUGAUGGAGCUCACCUGGCUGUGGGCUCCAAUGAUAACUCUGUGGACAUCUACAGCGUGGUGCAGAGGUACAAGAAGGUGGGAGAGUGCAUUGGCUCCACUAGCUUCAUCACACACAUGGACUGGUCCACAGACAGCAAGUAUCUGCAGACCAAUGACGGCAACGGAAAGAGGCUCUUCUACAGGAUGCCAAGUGGUAAAGAGGUCACCAACAGGGAAGAGUUGAAGCUGGUACAGUGGUCCUCAUGGACGUGUGUGUUGGGCCCCGAGGUCAACGGAAUAUGGCCCAAAUACUCAGAGAUCAAUGACAUCAACUCUGUUGACGCCAACUUUAAUAAUCAAGUUUUAGUAACCGCAGAUGAUUAUGGAUUAGUGAAGCUCUUACGGUACCCGUGUGUAAGGAAAGGGGCAAAGUUUAAAAAGUAUUUAGGUCACUCUGCCCAUAUAACCAAUGCCAGGUGGUCACAUGACUACCAGUGGGUGAUAACUAUUGGUGGAGCUGACCACUCAGUGUUCCAGUGGAAGUUUGUUUCAGACAGAAAGUCGAAGGAAGCUCUUCACAUAGCACCUCAAGAGACGUUGUGCGACUCCAACAGUGAGGAGUCGGACUCGGACCAGUCAGACGUGCCUGAGAUGGACUCGGAGAUCGAGCAGGAGACACAGCUCACAUAUCGGCGGCAGGUUUACAAAGAAGAUCUACCUCAGCUCAAAGAGCAGUCCAAGGAGAAGCACCGUGCGAUGGCCAUGAAGAAAAGAGAGAGAACACCAGGGAGCGGGGUGAAGCUACACUUCAUCCACGGCUACAGAGGCUUCGACUGCAGGAGCAACCUGUUCUACACCCAGACAGGGGAGAUAGUGUACCACGUGGCGGCCGUGGGGGUGGUGUACAACCGACAGCAGAACACCCAGCGCUUCUACAUGGGCCAUGACGACGACAUCCUGUGCCUGGCCAUACACCCCCUCAAGGACUUUGUAGCAACAGGCCAGGUGGGGCGAGACUCUUCCAUCCAUAUAUGGGACACAGAGAUGCUGAAACCCAUGUCUGUGUUGAAAGGAUUCCACCAGCUGGGAGUGUGUGCCCUAGACUUCUCAGCGGAUGGCAAGCGACUGGCCUCGGUCGGGCUGGAUGACAACCACACCAUUGUCCUUUGGGACUGGAGGAAGGGGGAGAAGCUCUCAGCCAUCAGGGGAAGCAAGGAUAAGAUUUUUGUCAUAAAAAUGAAUCCAUACUGUUCAGACAAGCUCAUCACAGCAGGGGUAAAGCAUAUGAAGUUCUGGCAUAAAGCAGGUGGUGGCCUGAUUGGGCGUAAGGGCAAUAUGGGGAAGACCGAGACAAUGAUGUGUGCUGUGUAUGGCUGGACAGAGGAGAUGGUGUUCUCGGGGACGUGCACAGGAGACAUCUGUAUCUGGAGAGACAUGUUCCUGGUAAAGACAGUCAAAGCCCAUGAUGGCCCAGUCUUCAGUAUGCACGCCCUGGAGAAGGGAUUUGUGACAGGAGGGAAGGACGGCAUAGUGGCUCUGUGGGAUGACACCUUUGAGAGAUGCCUCAAGACGUACGCCAUCAAGAGAGCAGUCCUCGCUCCAGGCUCCAAAGGGUUACUGUUGGAGGACAACCCUUCCAUACGUGCCAUAUCACUUGGUCAUGGUUAUAUACUGGUGGGGACAAAGAACGGAGAGAUUCUGGAGGUGGAUAAGAGUGGACCCAUCACCUUGCUGGUCCAGGGUCACAUGGAGGGUGAGGUAUGGGGCCUGGCCACUCAUCCCCAUCUCCCUCUCUGUGCCACUGUCAGCGAUGACAAAACCCUGCGCAUAUGGGACCUGUCCCCCAGCCACUGUAUGCUGGCUGUACGCAAGCUCAAGAAAGGGGGGCGCUGCUGCUGCUUCUCCCCUGAGGGCAAGGCCCUGGCAGUGGGCCUGAACGACGGAAGCUUCCUCAUCGUCAACGCAGACACCCUGGAGGACCUAGUGUCCUUCCACCACCGCAAGGAUAUCAUCUCAGACAUACGCUUCUCACCAGGUACAGGGAAGUACCUGGCGGUGGCGUCGGUUGACAGCUUUGUGGACAUCUAUAAUGUGAUGAGCAGCAAGAGGGUGGGGGUGUGCAAGGGGUCCCUCAACUACAUCACCCAUCUGGACUGGGACAAGAGAGGAAAACUACUGCAAGUGAACACUGGUGCUAAAGAACAGUUAUUUUUCGAAGCUCCACGGGGAAAGAAGCAGACCAUUCCUGCUACAGAGGUAGAGAAGAUAGACUGGAGCACAUGGACCAGUGUUCUCGGGACGUCCUGUGAGGGGAUCUGGCCUGUGGUCAGUGAGGUUACCGAGGUGACCACUGCCUGCCUUAGCAACAACAGAAAUGUGCUAGCAACGGGGGAUGAUCUGGGAUACGUCAAGCUAUUCAGGUAUCCUGUCAAGGGAAAGUAUGCAAAGUUCAAGCGCUAUGUGGCCCAUAGCACCCAUGUGACUAACGUGCGGUGGACGCAUGACGAUGGUCUCCUGGUGACGGUUGGUGGGGGUGACACAUGCCUCAUGAUCUGGACUCACGAGGCCGAAGGGCACAGGGAAGCCAGACAUUGUGAUAGUGAAGAGUCGGACAUCGAGAGCGAGGAUGAUGGGGGUUAUGACAGUGAUGUGACGAGGGAGAAUGAGAUUAACUACACCAUCAAGGCCUUAUCCACCAACGUGCGACCCAUGACUGGGGUCAAACCCCACUUGCAGCUGAAGGAGCCAUCUGUGGACGAGAGACCUCCUGUUAGCAGGGCGCUGCCACAGCCUGAGAAGCUGCAGACCAACAAUGUGGGCAAGAAGAAGCGGCCCAUUGAGGACCUGGUGCUGGAUCUGGUUUUUGGUUACCGGGGCAAUGACUGCCGCAACAACGUCCACUACCUGAAUGAGGGGACGGAUAUCAUCUACCACACAGCUUCUGUCGGUAUCGUCCUCAACUUAACCACAGCCUGCCAAAGCUUCUAUAUAGAACAUAGUGAUGACAUUCUGUGCCUGACUAUCAAUCAACACCCCAAAUUCCCCAACGUGGUGGCAACUGGCCAAGUAGGUGAUACUGGUGAUAUGUCAGCCACGUCGCCCUCCAUCCAUGUGUGGGAUGCCAUGAACAAGCAGACGCUAUCUGUGCUGCGCUGUUUCCACUCCCGGGGUGUCUGCUCAGUCAGCUUCAGUGCCACUGGGAAGCUGCUGCUCUCUGUGGGUCUGGACCCAGAACAUACCAUUACCAUCUGGAAGUGGCAAGAAGGUGCCAAAGUGGCCAGCCGGUCAGGUCACACUCAACGGAUCUUUGUGGCAGAGUUCCGUCCGGACUCGGACACCCAGUUUGUUUCUGUUGGGAUAAAACAUGUGAGGUUCUGGACGCUGGCGGGCCGGGCUCUGCUGUGUAAGAAGGGUGUGAUGAGUUCCAUAGAGGACGCCCGCAUGCAGACCAUGCUCUCUGUAGCAUUUGGAGCUAAUAACUUGACAUUUACAGGUACCAUUAGUGGGGAUGUGUGUGUGUGGAAGGAGCACAUUCUAGUGAGAGUAGUGGCUAAAGCCCACACAGGGCCUGUAUUCACCAUGUACACCACACUAAGAGAUGGCCUCAUCGUUACGGGAGGCAAGGAAAGACCGUCAAAGGAAGGAGGUGCUCUGAAGCUGUGGGACCAGGAGCUGAAGCGCUGCAGAGCCUUUCGCCUGGAGACGGGACAGAUCAUAGACUGUGUGCGCUCCGUAUGCAGAGUAAAGGGUAAAAUUCUGGUAGGAACCCGGAACGCUGAGAUCAUUGAGGUGGGGGAAAAGAAUGCAGCGUGCAACAUCCUGGUGAACGGCCACAUGGAUGGUCCGAUCUGGGGCGUUGGCACCCAUCCCACACGGGACGUGUUUCUUUCUGCUGCAGAGGAUGGCACUGUGAGGCUGUGGGACAUCCCAGAGAAGAAGAUGCUAAACAAGGUGAACCUGGGACACCCAGCUCGUACGGUGGCCUACAGCCCCGAGGGGGACAUGGUGGCCAUUGGCAUGAAGAAUGGAGAGUUCAUUAUCCUGCUGGUCACCUCACUCAAGAUCUGGGGCAAGAAGAGGGACCGCCGCUCUCCCAUCCAAGAUAUCAGGUUCAGUCCAGAUUCACGCUAUUUGGCAGUGGGCUCCAGUGAGAGUGCGGUUGACUUCUACGACCUGACGCUUGGACCACAACUCAACCGUAUUAACUGCUGCAGGGACAUCCCCAGCUUUGUCAUGCAGAUGGACUUCUCUGCAGACAGCUGCUAUGUUCAGAUAUCGACUGGUGCUUACAAGCGGCUGGUGUACGAGGUGCCAUCUGGAAAGCAUGUCACAGAGCAGUCAGUCAUAGACAGGAUAACCUGGGCCACAUGGACAAGUGUCCUGGGGGAUGAGGUUGUGGGGAUCUGGUCCCGUAACACUGACAAGGCAGAUGUCACCUGUGCCUGUGUUUCCCACUCUGGUCUGAACAUCGUCACAGGCGAUGACUUUGGAAUGGUAAAGCUGUUUGACUUUCCAUGUCCAGAAAAGUUUGCCAAACACAAACGCUUUCUGGGCCACUCAGCCCACUUGACUAAUAUUCGCUUCACAAGUGGGGAUCGCUUCGUCAUUAGUGCUGGUGGGGACGAUAGAAGCCUAUUUGUCUGGAGGUGCAUCCAUGCCCCUCACUGAGAGGCACACCUGGAGUGACACAUCAUCCAUCCACCACUGUGUCCAGUCCAGGGGUCUGCAUGGGCUUUUCCCAGCAUGCCUAUUCAGAGAGAAGAAACCGUUCUACUCCGCUGUGGGAUAACUACACAUCUAGUAAACAGGACUCAUUGCCUCAACACUCUGGGCAUCAGUGUGAGCCUCAUUUACACUACAGCAUAAGCCCUGAUUGUUCUUCCACGAGGUGGAAGACAUCAUACCACUACAGUUGCAAAAUAUCCCUCCAAAACAUCACAUCACAGUUGUAAAACUUCCUUUCAUAUCACCUGCACAUGAUGUUGAUGGUGAUGAUUAUUUACUUUUAGUAUGAGUAUUUGUGUCAAUGUUCUAAAUGGCAGUUUUGCCAGUUGGCAGGAGUUAGUGUGACUGAUGAAAAUGCCAUUUUUAAAACUUGCAGCAAACUAAUUUAGCCUUAAUCUCCUUCUGAGUGACUGAUGAGGUUUGGAGUGGUUUGAUGUUUGUUUUAUAUAAUUUCUUUGUUUUUUCUUUUGACUAAUACAAGUUCUUGUUUUCUUAAUUAUUUUUACAAAUGAUUUAAACUCCUGUGGCCUUCCUCAUGAAUGUAACAUCCGCAGUUAUGUUCUGGAUGUCAGCAUGCCAAAGCAUACUAUGCACUGUACACCCGACCUGGUCACUGUGUUACCCUGAUGGUUUGUGUAUUUGACCGUGUUGUCCACUGGUUGAACCUCAAACCCCCAGAAGUGUGUGACCAUAUUGAUUCAAAUGUAGUGAUCUUUUAGCUUGUGCAGUAACCCUCCAUAACAUACAAUGUGUGUGUAUAGUUGUUUGAGGUUUUGUGUAUGUGUGUAAUGGGAAUGCAUGGCUUAUCAAAAGACAAUCCCCGAUUCCCUGUCCAACCAAAUUCCUCAAAAAAACAAAGGAAAAAAGCUGAAAAUGUUUCAAUGCACUGUUGCAUUUCUCCUUUUGAUCACUUUUCAGUGUGCUGCUAUGGUGUAACAUUAUUAAGAGCAUACAUAUUGAUAUACGUUUAAAAGAGAGUGGCUAUUUUUACAAGGAUAUAGGUUUAUGUUUCUCGUAACCAUAUAUGAUAUUGCUCAACUGGAAUGUAACUGAGUAAAUAGAAAAUAUGAAAGUUUUCCCUCAUUUUAUGGUAAUUCUGUUAAAUUGAUUAAAUGUGAUUACUGCAUAUUUUGAUUUACAUUACAUCAAUGUAAAUAUAAUUUGUAAAGAUAUUGUUUUGUAUAUUUUUUGUGAAAUCUUUCUUAAAUAAAAUUUUAAUAAAAAACUAAAA